AUUUCAAUUUCAUUCACUUCAUUUCCUCUAUUUGAGUCAAAAUGACCCCAGGUGUCGCUGCUUUGACUUUUUUUCUACUGUGGGCUGCAGGAGCUUCUCAGUCCGUGUUGAUCACUCAGUGGCCUCGCUACAUCUCCAGUUUGCCCAACGACUCAGUAGAAAUGCAAUGUUACCAAAACGACACAGACUAUGAAUAUCUGUACUGGUACAGGCAGCUCAGAGGACGAGGCCUCCAGUUGAUGGUGACUAUAGUAGUCGGCACAGUCACUAUUGAAGAAGAAUUCAAAUCCGGUUUUAAGGCAGCGAGAUCAGCGACAGAACGCUGGUCUCUGACAAUAAGCAGCGUUCAGCAGAAGGAUGAGGCUGUUUAUCUGUGCGCUGCCAGUCCACACACAACCCGCCGAAACGCUGUGAGUUCCCAAACAGAAGCUCACUUUGGUGCUGGAACUAAACUCACAGUUCUAGACCCAAAGCGUAACAUCACUGCGCCUCAAGUAGCCGUGUUCCCACCUUCUCCGAAGGAAUGUCAGAGGCAAAAGCAUAUCAACAAGACCCUGGUGUGUGUGGCCAGAAGGUUCUACCCCGACCACGUCACCGUGUCCUGGGAGGUGGACCUCAAGGUCCGCAGCGCUGUGGUGACGACGGACAGCAAAGCGCUGAUGGACGGCGACUACUACACCCUCAGCAGCAGGCUGACGGUCCCCGCCACCGACUGGGGCACGGCUGGAAGAAACUUCACCUGCAUCGUCUCUUUCUUUGAUGGAACCCAAACCGUAACGGUUUCUGAUUCUGUCUUCGGCGAGAAAAUAAAAAAAGGGACGAUCAGCAGACGGAGAUAUGAGAAGAUCACACAAGGCGCCAAACUGUCCUACGGCGUUUUGACAGCCAAGAGCUGCGUGUACGGAGCCUUCGUAGCGCUUCUGCUGUGGAGGCUUCAGCGUUUGGCUGGAAAGCAGAUCGAUGGAGAGGUGAACUGAAGCAGGAACAAACAGACGGACGAUCGUUUCUAAGCUGGAAACAGUAAAAUGUGUCCAACACUGGGCCGAUCACAUUCUGCAUUCAAUAGAACAGCUCUAUGUAUACCCAGUUAUAUCAAAGCUUUAAUUGAAAAGAAAACGUUUAUAUACAUGUUUGUGCUUGAACGAUUUAAUGCUUGAUUUUCUCAAUAAAAGCAUCAUGAGAGGCUCUAA